AUGUAUAAACAAGGAGACACUGUAGCCCGGCCUCCUAGUAGCCUCGAGCUACUACUGUGUCAGGGCUUUGUUUAUCUGAAUAAAGAAAUUUUAGCAUGCUCCACUGGCUGCGCUGCAGCCCCCUCCCCCCCCUCCUCCGGGGCAGACUCUGGCAGCUCUCUCGCCAGAGUCCUCCAGGACUUGAAGGAGAAGAAGGAAGUUGUGGAGGAGGCAGAGAAUGGAAGAGACGCGCCUGCCAAUGGGAAUGCUAAUGAGGAAAAUGCGGAGCAGGAGGCUGACAAUGAGGUAGAUGAAGAAGAGAAAGAAGGUGGGGAGGAGGAGGAGGAGGAAGGUGACAGUGAGGAAGAGGAUGGAGAUGAAGAUGAGGAAGCUGAGGCUCCUACGGGCAAGCGGGUAGCUGAAGAUGAUGAGGAUGUUGACACCAAGAAGCAGAAGGCCGAUGAGGAUGACUAGACAGCAGAAAGGAAAAGCUAAACUUAAGGCCACCGUGACCUAGUCACCCUCCACUUCCGGUCUCAGAAUUUAAACGUGGUCACCUUCGAGUAGAGGAGCAGGCCCCGCCCUUAGCGGGCAGUGCCACCCACAGAUGACAUGCGCUCUCCACCACCCCACCAAAACCACACCAUGAAUUUGCAACAGGGGAGGGAAAAAGAACCAAAACUUCCAAGGCCCUGCUUUUUUUCUUAAAAAUACUUUAAAAGGAAAAUUUGUUUGUAUUUUUUAUUUACAUUUUAUAUUUUUGUACAUAUUGUUAGAGGGUCAGCCAUUUUUAAUGAUAACGGGUGACCAAACCAGCCUUCAGAGCGUUUUCUGUCCUACUUCUGACCUUAUUUGUGGUGUGACCAUGUUCAUUAUAAUCUCAAAGGAGAAAAAAAAACUUGUAAAAAAACAAAAACAACAAAAA